AUGGCCGCGGCAAUGGAGGUCGACGCCGGCGGGGAGAAGCCGUCGGAGAAGGAGCUCUUCCUCGCCGCGGAGUCCGGGGCCGCCGGCGUCUUCUCCUCCCUCGCCCCCGCCGACCUCGCCGCAGCCCUCUCCCUCCGCAACGAGGACGGCCGCUCCCUCAUCCACGUCGCCGCCUCCUCCGCCCGCCCCGAGGCCGUCGCCGCGCUUGUGGCUGCGGGGGGCGACGCCGUGGCGAGCGCCGUGAACGGGAAGGACGAGGAAGGGUGGGCGCCCAUUCACUCGGUGGCCAGCAGCGGCAACGCCCAGAUCAUCGACAUCCUGCUCGAUCACGGUGCAAAUGUUGAUUUGACUACUGAUGCUGGCCGAACUGCUCUUCACUAUGCUGCUAGUAAAGGAAGGCUUAACAUUGCUGAAAUGCUGAUAGCUCAUCGUGCAAAUGUCAACAAGAAAGAUAAGUUUGGCUGCACACCCCUGCAUAGAGCUGCGAGUACUGGAAAUGCUGAGCUGUGUGAAUACCUGCUUGAAGAAGGCGCAGAUAUUGAUGCAGUUGACAAGCUAGGACAAUCACCUCUAAUGCAUGCCGUCAUAUGCGAGGACAGAGGGGUUGCCUUUCUGCUGAUCAGACAUGGUGCCGAUGUUGACAUUGAAGACAAGGAGGGCUACACUGUCCUUGGCCGAGCCUCUGAUAGCUUCAGGCCUGCACUGAUUGAUGCGGCCAAGGCAAUGCUCGAAGGCUGA